CGUAACCGCUGGACGCCUCUCGAGCAUGCUCGCUUCGUCAAGGCCCUGCGCGCCUACCAGUCGACGACGAGUACGAGCGAGACCAGCGACGGAGGACGAGGAGCGGUGCUGGGGCCCGGGGUCGCGCGGAAGAUCGCCGAGUACGUCAAGACUCGCACGGAGUCGCAGGUGCGAUCGCAUGCGCAGAAGUACUUCCGUCAGCUGCAGAAGGACCGGGAGGAGGGGAGACCCGCGGGGAGA